CGUCUGCCUAGGUGAGACAAUUGGUUUUCGCCAUCACCGUUCGGGUAUAAAUGCCGGAGAAAAGCACUGAGCUCCUCUCAUUCAAGCAUCAGUCGCGUCGGAAUCGGAUGUGGGAUCAGUGAUUACGGAUUUCCUGUUUAUGUUCGCGAUAAGGGUCUACACAUAAACCAUUAUAUCACCAAAAUGGCUACGGAAAUGCAAGCAUUUUUCAAAGACAAAGUGGUUUUUUUAACAGGCGGCAGUGGUUUCCUGGGAAAAGUGACCAUUGAGAAGCUCCUCCGCACUACUGAGGUAAAGCGAAUCUAUGUGCUGCUGCGCUCCAAACGUGGACAGGAGAUGAAGGAGCGAUCCGACGCCUGGGAAAAGGACCCGGUCUUUGAAAGUCUUAUGAAAGUGGAUCCCGAGGUGUUAAAACGAGUGGUUCCCCUGGCCGGCGACUGCCAGGAGCCGGAUCUCGGGCUGAGCACCUCGGAUCGGCAGGUGUUGGUGUAUGAGGUGCAGAUCGUGCUCCAUAUUGCAGCCUCUGUGCGCUUUAUGGAGCCUCUGCACAUAGCCCUGGCGGUGAACACGAGGGCCACCCGACUGAUGAUUCAGCUGGCCAAGGAGAUGCCCCACCUGGAAGCCUUCGUCCAUGUGUCUACCGCGUACUCCAAUUGCGUGAUAGAGAACAUUAGUGAGCGCUUCUAUCCGGAGCACCUGACGUGCCCUGUCGAGAAGGUCUUGGAGCUGCACAAAAGCCUAAGUCCGGAGCUAUUGGACCAGAUGGCACCCGUUCUGCUUGGCAGUUAUCCCAAUACCUACACCUACACCAAGGCUCUAGCGGAGCAGCUGCUGCAGCAGGAGGCGGGUGACCUGCCCAUCUGCAUCUUUCGUCCUGGCGUCAUAAUUGCCAGCUACAAGGAGCCCAUGGUCGGCUGGAUUGACAACACCUACGGACCCAUUGCAGUUCUAUACGGCGCAGCUUUCGGAGUACUCCGGAUCACAAGGCUCAAUGUGAAGGCCCAGGCUGGCAUUGUCCCGGUGGACUACUGCGCCAAUCUGGUGCUGACCUGUGCCUGGAACACGGCCCGGGAAUGUGCCAUCAAGUUGCCACCGGAGCCACCCAUCUAUACCUUGGCGCCCACCAACGAUAACCUGAUCACCUGGGGAGGAUUCAGGGACAAGGCGGCGCGGAUGCGGCACAGAUAUCCGCUGUCCAAGAUGAUGUGGAUGCCUUUUCUGCACUGCACGACCACUCCUUGGUUAUUCCGGUUUCUUAUCUGGUUCUACCACCUGAUCCCCGGCUAUGCAAUCGAUUUGGUGCUACGUCUGCGAGGUCGCAAGCCCCGGAUGAUCAAGCUGUACGACAAGAUACACAAGAACAUAGAGAUCCUGGCACCUUUUGUGGACACCACCUGGCACUUUGAUGGCACCAACACCCGCAAGCUGUGGAAGCGUAUGUCUGCCGGAGACCAAAAGAUCUACGAUUUCGACCUGAGCAGUCUCGACUGGGACGAUUACUUCCUACAGGCCCUGGCGGGCGUUCGCAUCUACCUCGCCAAGGAGGAUCCAGGAGAGGAGACCCUGGAGAGGGCCAAAAAAUUAUACAGGCGGUUUAAAUUUUUCCAUCGAAUCCUACAGAUAGUUCUCUAUAGUGGUGCUGCCGUCAUUUUGUGGUCCAUAGCAAUGCGACUAUUUGGAAUUUUUAUAUAAAAGAGCUUUAAACACACAAUGGCACACACUCCGGAGAUACAAAGGUUGCCUUCAGUUUAAUAAAUUUUGCUGUAAUAAAUGUUUUGGCUAAUGUGUAA